AUGAGCCGAGUUUGUUCGCCUUAUUUUGAUCCAGAUUUUGAUAGCCUAGCUGAGAGGAUAAAUGGCCCAAAAUGUCGAGUUACUAUUGACAAUGAGAGUCUAGAGAAUUGUACAGUAGUGAAGAUUGAUAGUGUAAAUAAGCAAGGUCUCCUGCUGGAAGUAGUGCAAGUGCUAACAGAUAUGAAUCUCAUUAUAUUGAAAGGCUAUAUAUCUUCCGAUGCUGGAUGGUUCAUGGAUGUGUUCCAUGUCAAAGAUGAGCUCGGUAACAAAGUUACCAAUCAAAGAGUUGUCAACUAUAUUCAAAAGGCGAUUGGGGCAAAUAGGGAGGGAAUAGAGAAAUCAAAGACAGGAAGUAGAAAAUAUUUGAAAUAUGAUGAAGCUAGAGCAAUUGAAAUGACUGGAAGAGACAGGCCAGGACUAUUUUCAGAGAUAUCAGCUGCCCUAGCUGAUCUCCAUUGCAACGUUGUGGAAGCACAUGCAUGGAGCCAUAAUGCACGUUUAGCUUGUGUUGUUUACAUAUCAGAAGAGUCUACUGACAAACCUAUUGACCACAAUCGCCUGGCAGCAAUCGAAGAUCACCUCACCACAGUGCUCCGAGCAACAACUUCUCCUCGCAGCACAAAUGAAGAAAAUGUCAAACAACAAGAAGUGAAAACCGCUUAUGGACUUAACCCUGAAGGAGAUCAAGGCACGGUGACUGAUGUUGAACGUAGACUACAUCAGCUUAUGCUAUCAGUUCGUGAUUUUGAAAGCCCUAUAAGAAUGGGGUCUCCAAGAUUAGUUGACAGUAAGGAAGAGAAAAUGUUGAGUGUGUGUAUUGAGAAUUGUCACGAAAAGGGAUAUUCAAUCGUCUCUAUACAGUGCAAGGAUCGUAAGAGGCUCAUGUUUGAUACUGUUUGCACUCUUACAGAUAUGCAAUAUGUAAUCUUCCAUGCUUCUGUUGAUUCCCGUGGUGAUUAUGCAUUUCAGGAAUAUUUCAUCAGGCAUGUUGAUGGAUAUGCAAUGAGCACAGAGAGUGAGAAAGAAAGAGUAAUAAAGUGCUUGGAAGCUGCUAUAGAACGAAGAGUUUGCGAGGGAAUCCGGUUAGAACUAUGUGCAAAUAAUAGAAUAGGAUUGCUCUCAGAUAUUACUCGGGUUCUUAGAGAGAAUGGUCUAGCUGUUGUUAGAGCAGAUAUAGCAACUGAAGGAGGGAGAGCAAGAAAUACAUUCUACUUAAGAGACAUUUCAGGUAAUAAUAUUGACAUGAAAUUUGUCAAAUCAAUGAAGACUGAGAUGGGAGAAAUUGAUGUUGCUGUCAAUAAUGAGACAACCACUACUACAACAACAACAACCAACACAAACAACUCCAUGACACGUCCAAGCUCUUUUCGCUCUCUGGGAGAUUUAAUGAAAUCUCAGUUCGAAAAACUCUCCCACAACUUCGCCUUUGCACAAGGCAUAGAUGAUCGCCGACAUCUACUGUAUAUGAGUGAGAGGGUCGAGAGAGAGAGACAGAAGAGAGCUAGGCCCACUGGUUCGCAGGGAGAUUUUCAGGGUGGUCCCAGACCCCGAUAUUAUAUUAGGCUACCUAAACCUCCACCACAGCAGUUCCAGUUCAGGCCUUUGCACAAGGUGAGGGUUCACGAGCAUCAGGCUCACAGCAGUAGAGGGCUUCAGGCCAGGCUAGGACAGCCCCACCGUGUUGCGCUACUUGUGGUAGAAUGUAUUUCGGGAGGUGCAGACAGGGUUCCACAGGUUGUUAUUCUUGUGGAAAGGAGGGGCAUGGGUGGAGAAACUGCCUACCAUAGGUUAGGGUGGUAUAGGUCAGUUGACCAGUCUAUUCCGGUAAUUAAUGAGUUUCUAGAUCUAUUUCCAGACGAGCUCCCUGGUAUCCCUCCAGAAUGGGAAAUUGAUAUUGCUAUCGAUAUGCUACCAACUAAGUUCCAGUGGAUUGAGGCUUGCGAGCAUAGUUUCCAGGAGCUAAAGGACAUGUUGACAUCAGCACCAGUUCCUGCAUUGCCAGAGGGUUCAGAAGGCUAUGCGGUGUAUUGUGAUGCUUCUGGUGUUGGGUUGGGAUGUAAGGAGUUAAAUCUACGACAACGUCCAUGGCUUGAGUUACUGAAAGACUACGACAUGGACAUUUUAUAUCGUCCAGGAAAGACGAAUGUGGUAGCUGAUGCCCUCAGUCGAAGAUCUAUGGGUAGUUUAUCAUAUUUAGGUGUUGAGAAGCAUGAGCUAGCAUGA